AUGGGCGGCGGGCGCAAAUCCUCAAAGGGGUCGGCGGUGGCCCCGAUAUUCAGAUCCCGCGCACCAGAAGAGGGACGGCGGGCGGAGGAACAGAGGGAGUCUGACUCCGACUCCACAGCCAGCGACGUGAGCCACCGGAAUACAACCCCCAUCACGAGGGAGGACCUCCGCGGCUUACUGCAAGAUUUAAAGGAGAAUAUGGCGGCGGAAUUUGCCAAGCACCUGGCACCUCUGCGGGCGGGCCUGACAGACCUCGUGCAACGCACCAGCUCCCUAGAGGACAAGAUGGCUGCCACCUCCUCCAGAGCGAACACCCACGAGCAGGCACUACAAAACCUCACAGAGCAGGUGAAAAGGCUUGAAGAAGCCCAAGAAGACCUUAACAAUCGCUCCAGGCGGAAUAAUAUAAGAAUCAGGGGCUUACCUGAGACCAUAGAUAUGGAGUCCCUCUCCUCCACCAUCAGGGAGACCUUCUGCAGCCUACUCCCAGAAGCCCCCCCAGCUGAACUACUGCUAG